GUUUACACGGUACCACAAAAACCAAAACCAUUUCCGGUAUCAAUAUUAACGUGAACUUCGGGCAACGAAACUGACAUUUUUAUCUUAUAUUUUUGUCAAGUAGAUAUAUUUUUGUCAUAGAAGACCUUUUAUUGAGAAGGACUUUGCCUUUGGUCGAACUGAAGUGUUACAAUAACCAGGUCCACCUCUUAGCUUCCUGGGCUUCAGGGAUCUGCUGAUAACAUCUUGGUCCAGACACCACAGCACACCUUCGGAGGUCUGAUGGAGUCUAGGCCUCGGGUCAGAGCUGUUUUUGUGGAAAAAGGGGAAGCUACACAAUAGGACAGAUGAAGGUAAUCCAGCACUCAGUGGAGACGCUGCAAAAAGCUUUGAUAUCUAAACAUAAGGACUUGGCUGAACUUUACAAGAAGUACACAAAAGAGGAGCAGCGUCUUCUGGAGGAGGGGUUCCAUGCAGGGCAGCAGGGUUCCCUUUUCCAGUACAUCACUGUGCAUUCAGACUCAGACUGGAUUCCCGCUCACCCCGAGGAGCCUCAGGACUUUGAGAGCUUCUACAAAGAUCCUUAUCGCAAGACCCCCAGCACCAGUCAGAACACUAUUUAUAUUCAGACCAUUGGUUCGUUUGGGGAGGCGGGGGCCCAGACAGACCAGUAUGUGGAGUGGCUCAGAGCAUACUGCCAGGCUUUCUUCUACGGGCUCACUGUCAAGUUGUUGCCAGCGGUUACUGUCGCUGAAACAGGAUGCUCUUUCAGGCUUAACAGUAACUCGUACAACCUUCAGAUUCUCACCGGAGACCUGCUGCGAUUCUUGGGCAACAGGAAACCAAAGGAUGCUUUUUGUAUUGUUGGGAUCACUAUGAUUGACCUUUACCCCAAAGACUCCUGGAACUUCGUCUUUGGACAAGCGUCUCUGAGUAUGGGGAUGGGUGUUUUCAGCUUUGCCCGAUAUGAUGACAACUUUUACACCAGAAAUUAUGCUGGAAGACUAAGAAAACAUCUUAAACCAAAGAAAGGGGACUACUCUGUGUUUGAUGGAUAUUAUACUCCCCCCAUCACCAGCACUCUGCUGCUUCGAUCAUGCAAGACAAUGACCCAUGAGAUCGGUCAUAUGUUUGGAAUAAGGCAUUGCCAGUGGUUAAACUGUGUCAUGCAAGGAUCCAACCACCUGGAGGAGUCAGAUCGUCGGCCCCUGGAUUUUUGCCCCAUCUGCCUUCGCAAGCUACAAGUCGCAAUUGGCUUUAAGAUUGCUGAUAGAUACAAGGCAUUACUGCAGUGGAUGGAGGAGGAUCAGAGUCCAGUCUCCAGCCCUGAAGAAGCAUCUGCCUGUCAGUCUUCUCUCAGCUUCCCUAAACCCACACAUGCUUUCCACACCUGCAAACUGUGGCUCUGCAGAUGUCUGAGCAUACUCCAGGGUGACUUAUAGUAUUUCACUCUGAAUGAGAAGGAGAAGAAUGGGAUACACAUUUAUAUGAACCAUGCCUAAUGUGUGUCUUAUUUGACUUAUUGCUGCUGAUCUACACAGAAUCCUGAUGCUGUGUCAGAUUAUUACACCAAUUUUAGAAUGAAAGAAGCCCACUCCAUAUUUUCAUACUGGUAUUGGCUAUUGUAAUACUGCUUAUGACAGAAUGAGAUUUAAGGAAAUA